CCUGCUCUUACUUGCUGGCAGCGGCUGCGCUUCAUGCCUGCACUGUUCCGCACUCACGGCGCACUCUCUACUUGCUCUUACACUCGCUUUUGUACGGGUUUUAAAUGCAGUAUUUUUAUGUCAUUUUCUCAGUUGGAGUAUUUUUGAAGUGAAGGCGGACGGAGGUUCGUAGACACCGGCUGGACAGGCUCAGUGACACGGUGGCACAGAGCGUGGAGUGGAGUGGAGUGGAGCGGAGUGAAGAGCGACGCUUCACAUUGUUAUUAUCCAGCGUAGUGGACAGUAUUCCUGCAACACGGGACUUUUUUUGUCAUUCAUUUUACUGCCAGCUUGUUUUAAUUUAACUAAAUUGAGAGUAAUUAAUCACGCACCGUUCGUCAUGUCGCUUUUCUGUUGUGGAUAGUGCUGUUUGUUGCGUGCGAGCGGGUGCGUGCAGUAAUGCGCGCUUUGUGCAGAAAGCAGAGCAACGUUUGAGAGAAAAAGGAGUAAAACAUAUAAUGAAAUAAGUGUUUAAUCAAAGAAACAGUCUGUGUUGCUGUUUUGGACCGCAGAAACCUAGAACCGGAUCAUCAGGAUGCGCCGCCUCUGAAAUUCACCAGUCCCGGACUUUGGUGUUGAGGGACGCACGGAUCUUCUCCUACGCUCUGGACCAGGAUAUGAGCCCAAUCAUGAUGACUUCUGCCGGUGUGAUAUUGAUGCUGACGCCGGUGUUGUGUCUGCUGUCCGGAUUCUCCUGGGCUGCGACCCUGGGUGGGCAGGAAAGGGAGUACAACCUGCAAGAUGUCAUUCUUGAUCCAAAAAGGUUUGGUGGUGUGACCAACUUCAGCACUUUCCUGUUGGACCCGUCGUCAGGUCUGCUCUUUCUAGGGGCCCGGGACGCAAUAUUGUCAGUGGACACCAAUCAACUGGACAAACCAGCCCGCAACAUCAUGUGGGACGUACCGAUGGAGAAGAGAAGAUCGUGUGUAGCUAAAGGAAAGACAGAGGUGGACUGUCAUAACUACGUCCGCCUGAUGGAGUUUCUGGAGGAGGGACGCGUCUAUGUUUGUGGAACCUAUGCCUUUGACCCCCAGUGUGCCUUUAUGGAUGUCACCUCCUUCACUCUGGAGAAAAAUGAAGAUGGAGGAGUGAAAAUGGAGACAGGGAAGGGCAAGUGUCCCUUUGAGCCAAGUCAGCACUAUACGGCAGUCAUGGCAGGAGGGAUUCUUUACACAGCAGCAACCAGUAACUUUCUUGGGACACUGUUUGACAUCUCCAGAGCAUCAGGACCUGAGCAGGAGCGCAUCAGGACUGAACGAUCCAUCAACUGGCUCAGUGACCCAGAGUUCGUCAGCUCAGCCUUCAUAGAGCAGUCUCCAGGAAAUAACCCCAACGGAGAUGAUGACAAGAUCUACUUCUUUUUUACUGAAGUAGCUAAAGAGUACGAUCUCUACACCAAAGUUAAGGUCCCCAGGGUUGCCCGAGUCUGCAAGUCCGAUGUGGGUGGAAUGAAGACACUUCAGCGACGUUGGACUACUUUCCUUAAAGCCCAGCUUGUGUGUGAGGACAAGCCCAGUAGUCAGCGCUACAACAUCCUGACUGAUGUUUUCACCAUACGGCACACACAGGGUGACCCUGGCAGCACACACUUCUAUGGACUCUUUACCUCACAGUGGGAAAAUGAGGAGAUGUCAGCAGUGUGUGUUUUUAGUUUGUCUGACAUCAGCAAAGUAAUGGAUGGACCCUUCAAAGAGCUAAAAAAGACAUGUGACAACUGGAUUAACCCCGAACCUGUACCUGCUCCAAGGCCUGGUCAGUGUCUCAACCAUGUGUUAAAAUCGGAAGGAUUUGAGUCAUCCUUGAAACUCCCAGACAAGGUGCUGACAUUUGUGAGGGACCACCCUUUGAUGGAGAACAGUGUUAGUGCAGCACCCUUACUGGUGCGCAAGGGGGUCACAUACAGCAAGCUAGCUGUGACCCUGAUGGACAGCGGCAUAGCAGUUCUGCACCUUGGAACAGGCCGUGGGGAGCUCCACCAGGUGGAGGUAGUGGGUCAAAAUGCAACAAUACUGCAGGAGAUUCCACUUUUCCCCUCACAAGAGCCUGUCAAUAAUAUAUUACUACACAAGGGUGAGGCACUGGUUGGCAGCCCUCUGUCUUUGGCUCGUGUCCGGGCUGAGGGCUGCUCUCUGUACCCGACCUGUGAGUUAUGUGCCAGAGCCAGACGACUGGGUUGUGAGUGGAGCAGAAAGGAAAAUGCAUGCAGGACCACAGGAACAAGGCCUGGCCCAGAUGAUACAAUAGAGCAAGCAUUGAGGACAUGUGAUAUAAAGGAGGGGCGUUGCUCUCCUAUCACUAGAGAACUGCAAGUUUCCAUGGGUUUACGUCUCCUGCUGCCCUGUGUCCAGUUGUCCCCAAGGUCCUGUAGCUGGGAGCACCCCCCCCACAGAUACACCAAGCAACAUCACUCUGACCUGGAGGUGACAGUGACAGAGGAGAGCCUGGGAGAAUACGUUUGCAUAUGCCAGGAGGUACUACCUGGGGCAAGAGACCCAUCCCCAUGCCGCAGAGCAGCCUAUCAGUUGACAUCAGGAAGCUCUACUCUUGGAUCAAUAGCAACUGCUGGAACUCGUCACGUUCUUGCCAUCUACAUUCUGUUCUUCUGCUCCGGUAUAGUGUUCGGUGCAUUUACCUUGCAUUUCUUGACCCGGCGGCGUAGCACUGCUCCCAAAGCUCACCAGCUUCCAGAUAACUCGCUGUCAUCAGGAAAGGGGAGGGGCCUACUCAACUCCUCAGCCACUCCACAGUCUCCAAGCAGUAGCAGCCUUUUGUCUGAAGGAUUCCAGCUGAUAGAUAAGAGGAACGGCACGGCCCACAUGACCCCGGCCAAUACUCUGAUGAGCAACCAGGGUAAUGGUGGGCAUCAUGGGAAUAGUUACAGUGGCACAGUGGUCUACAACAAUGGCAGCAAUGGCCACGGAAACGCUGCGUAUACCAACUGCAACAAAAGCAGUAAUAGCCAAAAGUGUCCUUUCGAACUAUUAGUAACAGAUGCGCUGGAUGGACGGACAGAGGAACUAGAGAAGCUAAGGCUUGAUGGGGUUUCGAAGGAAUUAAAGGAAGGGGAUGAAGUGGAUGAUGAACUGGGUGACAGACUGGGGGAGGGAAUACAAGGGCUAGAGGAGGAACUAGCCAGCAAUCCUAUGUUUAACUCAUCAGCACCACUGGCUAGGUGUGAAGAAAGUUCAAUGUGACAAGGUGCACCAAAUACACAAUUCAAGGCACUCUUCUGCAUCCUUUCAAAAGACCAACCACACAAUGUCAACGCUCAAAGUACUGGAAGGAAAGCUAAGAGAAAAGCAAAUAGGUUUUUGCCAAAAGCCUCUAACAGAAACUGUGGUAUGACUACAGACAAUAGAGUUGGAAGAAGAAUAUGUCGAGAGACAUAAUGUGUCUGAUAGCACAGGAGUCGGUCUGCAUUAUGGAGAUCUGACCUGAUCGAAUUGAAAUCUGCUCUGAUUGCUCUGAAGCCUGAUGGUCAUUCUGGCUGCAUCACCUGUGACUACAUGGAAGGAGAAUACGUGUGGGCCAAUCUGCUGUUUUUUUAAUACAGACUGGUUUAAUGUCUGAAACUUUAAAUUAAAAAACAUAUGACACUGGGCAUAGUUAAUCUCAAAAGGAGCGGCUGAGCAGAGGUCAGGACAUGUACUACCGAUAUCUUCCAACCCUUUAAUCAACAGAUGACGUUUUUGUGAUCAGACCUGAGAAAUGCAAAUGUUCAAAUACUUUGACAUACAAUCAGAUCACUUCUGAGGGAUGCUUUCACCAGGGCGUGAAUGAUGUGACAGACUUCUUAUGUGAGAACCCUGAAAGACUUCUUACAGGGAAAUAAAUUAUUAAUAUGUAAAUAAACAUGGACAUACAACUAAUCUGACGUCGACCUGCAGGCAUGACAGUAAGCCCGGCAUUGGGUUAGGUCACAAAGAAUGAAAUAUCCACAUGUGAACAAAAGCCAUGUUUGUCAUGUCAUUUUGAUGUUCUUUUCGCCAAAUGGCACUGCAAAAGAAAAAUGCACCUUCUGUCUUUCAACACUGUGUGGACCUGUUUCUCUGGUGGCAUACAUUUUCCAAGUGUUGUCCGGAGAAGAUGAUGCACCAAAGUGGGAUAUUUAGCUGCUUCUGCUUAAACUGCCAUAGAGACAACAGGGAGUUCAUAUUAUUCAUAUGUUUAGUGUCAGUGUGAAACUGUCAACAUUUACCAAUAGUCGGGCAGAUGGCAGAAGUCAAUCUCAAAAAAAAAAAAAGAAGAAAAUUCGUCAGACAUGGCCAGGACCGCAGCAACCAUGACAUUGUUUUGUGAAUGUGAUCUUUAACAUAAAAUUGCCCCAUUGUUUUGAAAUGUUUUAUAAUAAAGCCUGAAAAUAUCCAUAAA